GAUAAUACAAAAGAUGUCUAAGAAAGCACAGAUGUAUUCGAAAGUACCAUUUGCAUUAAAGUCAGCUUCAAAAGCAGGUAAUUUAGCCAGCUCAAGAAGAACAAAGGAAAAAGAAGGAAAAGGGACUAAAGAACGAAAGAUCGGUGAAUCAAAGGAAGCUUAUUUAGGAAUUUCUUUGAGAGAUAAAGAUGUAAUAGGGAAACUCAAAGGUAACCCAUACCAGAGAGACUACAAGACUGCUCGUGACAGUAAGCCCAAGAAGAGACAUGCAAGUAGCAGCCAUAAAAGAGAAUGGAGCACCUCAGGAAAAUUAGCAGAGUCGCUUGAGGAAUGAUAUUACUCGAAUAAAAAGGCUAUUGCUAAGCAAAGUAUUGUCGAUACUUUGAUAAACCCAAAAUAAACCAUCCAAGAGGAUAACAAAGACCUCCCAAGACCAGCUCACAGAACGACUUCUUCAGCACAAAGAAAGCGUCAAUAUGAAGGUUAAAGAAAAGCAAAUUAGCAUCUCCCUUCCUUUCAGUCACCCUAAAGCCCCAAACUCCCCUAGCCAUCACCUCAGUCUGAACCUCGUUCCUAAAAUCCCUUCUAAAACCAAAGCCUAAGAAGAAAUCCCACACCAG